UUUGUCGCUGGCCGCGUUCAGUUGUCCGGCUAGCUAGAAGGCACCGAGCAGCAGAAAACACCCGAUUAUAAACGGCCGAUAUCUCCUCCCACUCGCAGCGGAAGAUCGCGGGAAAAUAGAAAACUCCGAAAAACUUCGGAUAACCGUUUUUAUUUUUUAUCCCCCCUUUUUUUCGUUCGUCUAUAUUAUUUCGUCACUUCUGUUUUUCGUGUUUAAUGUUUGGAACCCCUUUCCUGAUUUUCUGGGGAGAAAACCAUCUGGUAUUUCUGUUAUCAGAAAAGAGAAAACGCUGAGUGAAAGAUUCCGCUCUAGCGGUGAUUAAAAAAAGACAAACACAAAAAGAAAAAAAGUAACGGUGAUGUGUACGCUGGCUCUUAAACAAAUAAACCGAAAUUAAAGAGAUUGCAAUUAUCGCGUUUAAGCAAAUGAAGAGAGUUUUAAUCCAGAGAACAAAGGUUACCAAAAAAUUAAAAUAGAAUCCCAGUGAGACUUUAGCGGGAAGAUUGCCAAGUGCAGAGUGGAAAGGUCGCCAAGCUCAAAACGACAAAUGAAAACCAAAAACAAGAUCAACAUCAACAGCGCCAACUGCCAAUGCUUUAGUCACUCGAGUCAAGGAAUCGCCCUAGUUGAUGAGAAGAACGUACUGAGGAUACACAGCUACACGUACAAGUGCUUGAAUCACAAUCCGCGACCUCGGAUACUUGGCUGAUAUUGAUAUUGGAUAUUGGGAAGAGAGAUUU